CUCAGGCCGUCUCGCGUCGUGAUAACGUCGUUCAGCGCGCGCGCGCGGCUAAAUCUACUUGUGUCAUUUUUAUAUUUUCUUUUUUUCCGUUAAUAUUCCGUUUCCCAUUAUACGUCGAAUGCAAACGGUGUGAGGCGGUAGAAAAGGACGGAGGGACGUCGUGCGUUUAUUUAUUAUACAAGUUUUUUCGGUCGUGCGUAGCUAUCGCGAGAAAGUGGGGCUCUUCAGAACGUUUUCCAUGUAUGCAAACGUGAGACGUUGUGCGACCGCCGACCCGUAAAUUCUCGGGGGUUAUGUUAUCUCGGGGUAAGGGUACUAAGGGUAACGCGACGUCACAGCGACGUCAAGACGAGACGUCAUCGGCCAUCGCGAUGCAACGUAGUUGUUAGUCGCGCAGCCGGAGGACGCCACGCAUCCCGUUUGCCCGGCACUUGCAAAUUGCAAAAGUUGCAGUUGCAAAGAUUCGGUUGCGCAUUGCGUCAUCCCGCGACAUAUCCGAAUGGGUCGGCGUCGAUGCCGAAGGACACAUGACAGUUCCGUAUCAUUAUCCGUGCCGAGGAUUGAGGAUUACGUUGAAGCGAACGAGUUGGUUCAGGGACUCGACGAGAGCACGCUACGUUAUAUGGCGCCGAAAAAUAAAGAAAACAAUAAACGAAAGAAGCAAAUGGAGGACGAGGGCGACGAGGAUUAUCGAAAGAGGCGGGAUCGGAAUAACCAGGCUGUGAAACGAUCCAGAGUGAAGAGUAAAUUACGCACGCAACAAACCUUGGAAAGAGUAACGCAGCUGAAAACGGAGAACGAAUUGUUGGAGGAGAAAAUUAAAAUGCUUACCAAGGAGCUUGGGUUUCUCAAAAAUCUUUUUAUCGCGCAUUCAGGACUUCCCAGUCAUACGACCGAAGCCGUAAAUAUCCAAGAUCUAGAUCUAACGGCUCUGCUAGCAGACGAAAACGCCACGGAAGCGUCGCUGAAGACUGGUUCCGCCAAGCUGUAGACCGCGACAAGCUCCACGUGAAGAACGCAGCGUGGUCGUAAGUCUGGAACGCGAGACAGUAUUAAGUCUGGCUCGCUCGAUCGAAACAUGAAGCGGACAUCUUGGAAAAAUGUUCGCUUUAAAGUCGUUGAAAAAGAUUAUAGAUGCGAAGAGCGUUUUCUGAACGCGAGCCUUCCAAGUUGCAGCCGUGUCAGUGACGUACCACCAGCUAACGUUACAACUUAUCGAAACGUACGGGAGACGGAGAACUCGCGCGAACGUCGAGUACGAAAGUAUUCACUUUACGCGGUAGCCAGUGGAGCGUAAAUGAUCUUUGAUCUAAACAGCAUAAAAAGGUCAACACACAGUAUUAAACACACACAUGUUGCUGAUGUUACAGCAUUUUAUGUCAUACGCACGCGUUGUGCAACAUUUAAGAGAUGUGUAUAUGAAAAUAUAACUAA